UGUUUCCGACAUAUUUACAUCCCGGCAACUGUAUAUACCAACGCAUAACAUUGGGAUAUGGCCAUUUCUUGAAACUAUGACCCCAAGUAAUUUAAUGAAGGUUGCAGCAGAGCCAUGGCCAUCACUAGUAAAGACAUCAUUUUAUUGGUCCUGAUGUUUCUCCGCCAAUUAAUCAUUGUGUAUGGGAAAACUGUUGACACUAGCUGCGACAUUAUUAUGGAUGAAUUGGACAAUGCUCAAAAGAGAUUUUUGUUUAUCAGUACAUCUAAUGGUAAAGUGAUACGAUGUACAUACUGCUCGGAAGAAACAAGGAAAUCAUCUCAAGCUUUUCUGAAAGCUGUUGAAGAACAGUGCGCACUGAAAAAUGAAGGUCUUCCUUUAAAACCUGACCUUUCACCAAUGUGCAAAUACAUGGACCCUAUAACAUGCAUCAUUCCCAAUCCAAUUGCAAAUGGAGAAUGGGUUUGCCCAUGUAGUGGUUCAGGUAAAGUCGGGAGCGAGGAGGUGUUGGUUUACACAAACUGUACACAGCAGUGUAAACCUGGCUACCAUCUUGUUGGGGAUUCCUUUGGACAUUGCGGGGAACGUUGGCCACCCAAUAAAAACUACCCUACAGAGUUUCGCUAUGGAAACGCUGAAUGUGUGAAAAGUACAGGAGAAACAGCUCAGCAAGCCAAUGGUAUAGCAAUUGUUGUUGGUGCAUGUGGAGGUUUCCUGGUAUUCAGUGUUUGUGUGGUGCUGUUCUGUUGCUACCUUAAAAACAGACGUAAGCGUAAAGAUGACAAAAGGCCUAAAAACAGAGCACAACUUCAAGAUAUUAAAUCUGUCUCUGAGCCAGCUACCACCUCGCAAGGUACCCGGUCUACUACUACUACGUCGCUGAUGGAAAGUGAUCCUCAUGAUUCAAAUGAAGAUGACUCUCCGUGGAAGCUUAGAAAUGAUGCUACAGGUGUAAGCUGUAGCGUCCAUUUGGAUAACAUUUCCAUGGAAAUAAGUCAAAGUCAGAAGUUAAGUGUUCUUAACAAGGUUGACAUGAAUCAGAAACUUGUCUGCUACAACAUGGCUUUGGACAUUUUAAAGAGUAUUGACCAUAAAUACAUGUAUGAUCAAUCCAAGGUUGAGUCCGACUUAACACGCCUGUGUGAAGGGACCAAUCCCAUCAUCGACAUCCUUUUUGGGGUCCUGAAAUGUUAUCGAUGCAACAUUGGUCAUGUUGCUGACUGGUGUGUACGGAAUGGAUACGAGUCUCUGGUCCAAUGUAUAGUCAGUGAGGAACAUGGGAAGGAGUGUACUUCCUGUCACAGUCUACUCAAUAGACAACAUGCCUUUAGUCUCUGGUCCAAUGUAUAG